AAUGGCCUCAAUCCGUGUUGUAAUGGUUCUAUGACUGGAUGCUCUUGGAAUGUAAGCAACCCUGGUGCGAGUAAUUUUUUUUUUUGGUUUCUUAGAAUACAUUGAGUGUUUGAGCAGUUUUUGUCUGUAUCUUGGCAUACAAUCACCAUCACUGCUGUCGCAUAUGUUAGGAGGGUCAUGUACAAAGUCGCAAUUAAAUAUUAAAGUGGGCCUUAGAAGUCACGUCUUAAUAUUGAUUGAUUGAUUGCAUCUUGGUCUUGAAGGUCUUGACAUUGGGUGCAGUGCGAAUGUCAUGGUGGAGAUGAUUCCAUUCGCAAAUUGUCUUUGGGUACAGAGAAUACCUAUAACAAUCUGUUUAAAAAAGAACUGCAGACGCUGGAAAAAUUGAAGGUAGACAAAAAUGCUGAACAAACUCAGUGGGUGAGGCAGCAUCUAUGGAGAAAAAUAACAGGUGACAUUCUGGGUUGAGUCUGAAGAAGGGUCUCGACCCGAAACGUCGCCUAUUCCUUUUCUCCAUAGAUGCUGCCUCACCCGCUAAGUUUCUCCAGCAUUGUUGCCUACCUAUACCAGUCUCAUAUGUUUGGAUAAUGUUGUAUUUGAAAAACCCCGAUUGCCUGGUCUUUGGUUUACUGGAUGAAUUUGUAGAUUGAAGAUGACUCUUGAUGUUGCUUGGAAUAAACCCGUGCGUUUCUUUAUAGAUGGUCGUCAGGCGUAAUUUGGUCCUAUGGUCUUGAAGAGUUUCCCACUCUAGAUCAGCAAGGAUUUUUGUCAUACUGGACUCCCUGCUGCAAUCACCAAUGAGUGUUCGAGACUCCCUAACUUGAAAAGAAGCUCCACUACAACCACAGCAAGAAGGAGGCAGAGGGCAGCAGUGGCUGAACUUAGAAGUUCUUGAAGAGUGUGGUGCGGAAAAUCUGAAUAGUUCAUUCAGACCAUGGCUGACAAAGGUUCUGAAGCCAUGUUGAAUGGUGCUAUUCCAGGUGAGAUGGUGAAGAAAGAUGAAAACUUGAAACGUGGGAACUGGUCCAAUCAAAUAGAGUUCAUCCUCACUAGUGUUGGAUACGCUGUAGGUCUUGGAAAUGUCUGGAGGUUCCCAUAUCUGUGCUAUAGAAAUGGCGGAGGUGCUUUUAUGUUUCCCUAUAUCAUCAUGCUGGUCUUCUGUGGUAUUCCUCUUUUUUUUCUGGAGCUUUCCUUUGGGCAGUUCACCAGCCAAGGCUGCCUUGGUGUGUGGAGGGUUAACCCGAUGUUCAAAGGAGUCGGGUAUGGGAUGAUGGUCGUGUCCUCCUACAUUGGAAUCUACUACAAUGUGGUCAUUUGCAUCUCCUUCUACUACUUCUUCGCCUCCAUGACUUCAGUUCUACCGUGGACAUACUGCAAUAAUAACUGGAACACCGAGGAUUGCAGCAGCAUGCUGAACCCCAACCGAACUACCGACUUCACUGAGCUAUCGCAAAACAUCUCGAUGUUGCUGAACCAAACUGCAAAGAGGACCAGUCCUAGUGAGGAGUACUGGAAUUUUCAUGUACUGAAGAUCUCGGAUGGCAUUGGGAAUUUUGGGGAAGUCCGUACACCUUUGCUGGGAUGCCUUGCUGUAUCGUGGCUUGUGGUCUUUCUGUGCCUCUUUAAAGGGGUCAAGUCUUCAGGAAAAGUGGUGUACUUCACAGCAACGUUUCCUUAUGUUGUGCUGACUAUUCUGUUUAUCCGUGGGAUCACGCUGGAUGGAGCUGUAACUGGCAUCACGUACUAUCUCACUCCUCAAUGGGACAAGAUUUUGGAAGCAAAGGUCUGGGGUGAUGCUGCUUCCCAAAUCUUCUACUCCCUGGGAUGUGCUUGGGGUGGCCUGAUUACCAUGGCUUCUUAUAACAAGUUCCACAAUAACUGCUACAGGGACAGCAUCAUUAUCAGUAUCACCAACUGCGCAACCAGUAUUUACGCUGGGUUUGUCAUCUUCUCCAUUCUUGGAUUUAUGGCUGCACACCUGGGAGUCGACGUCUCAGAAGUAGCAGAUCAUGGUCCUGGACUGGCCUUUGUGGCUUACCCAGAGGCUCUGACUUUGUUGCCAAUCUCACCCUUCUGGUCUCUUCUCUUUUUCUUCAUGUUGAUUCUGCUAGGUUUGGGUACACAGUUCUGUCUGCUGGAAACAUUGGUCACUGCUGUCGUUGAUGAAAUUGGCAGUGACUGGAUUCGUAGACGAAAGUCCAUUGUCACUCUGGGAGUUGCCAUUAUUGGCUUUCUUCUGGGUAUCGCACUAACUACACAGGCUGGCAUUUACUGGCUCCUUCUCAUGGAUAACUAUGCAGCCAGCUUUUCACUUGUGGUGAUUUCCUGUAUUAUGUGUAUUGCUAUUAUGUAUAUUUAUGGACAUGAAAAAUACUUCAAGGAUGUUGAAAUGAUGCUUGGUUUUCCUCCUCCAGUCUUCUUCCAAAUUUGCUGGCGUUUUGUGUCUCCCAGCAUUAUCUUUUUCAUACUGGUGUUCACUGUGGUUCAGUAUAAGCCCAUUAGUUAUAAUGACUACUUGUACCCAACAUGGGCUAUCACCCUUGGUAUCCUGAUGGCUCUCUCCUCAGUAGUCUGUAUUCCAGUUUAUGCCCUUUGGAAGAUUUACGUAACUGAAGGUUCUACAUUUUGGGAGCGCGUGAAAAAUGCAAAUAAACCAAGCAAGGACUGGGGACCUGCUUUACUGGAGCACCGCACUGAUCGAUAUGCCACUCUGGGCAGCCAAUCCUACGAGUUCAACCUUGAAAUCCAACAGCUCAAUCCGGAUAAGGAGCGAGAGAAGGAGCAACUACCAACAGAAAAUAUAGAGCAUAACCUCAAUAUCCAGGGCCACAACGGUUCUGCCAGAACACAGAACCCUGUGUAGUCAAUAUCAUUUUAAAAUCAAAGACGACAACUAAUUUGUGAUGGGGGUGGAGUGGCAAUUGGGUCAGGAAAUAAGGCUUCACCUUAUAGUGAAAGGAUCCGCUCCCAUAAUUUUCUGUACGAUCCAUGGAAUUUGACAAGUAGUCAACAUAAUUCAAUUGAUUGAUCAUCCUUCAGGUAUCUAUAUUCUUUUUUUCUUUUCAUUUAUUUUUAAAAUUAUCAAAUAGAACUCCAUAAUAUAAUACUUAACUUUUUUUUCAAGAAACCAAUUAUUUCUGUUGUCGUUUUGCUGAAUUCUGUACUUUAUGUUGAAAUUACUUGUACAUUUGUGCAAUUGGAAUCCGAUUUUUCCCAGUCAGUGCAAAAUUUUUAUCUAACUGAUUUUUUGUUCGACAUCUGUUUGUGUCUGCCUACUCCACAUAAGAGCACUGGUUCCGAUCAACAAUAUUACAUAUACAAUGCUGAAAAGGUGGAACGGCAGUUUGUGAAGUGUGCUGAUCAAUCCCAGUUCAAAAUAAAGUAAAUGAUAGACUACAUUUCCAAGUAACAUAAAUUUGGUCCGAUAAAUGUUAUGUAGGUCAUAUUACAUAUCAAUAAAUUCUAGUCAUAAGAGCAGAAAUUAGGCCAUUCAGCCCAUCAGGUCUUCUCCAACAUUAAUUCAUGACUGAUCUAUAUUUCCCUGUCAACACCAUUCACCUGCCUUCUCCCCAUAACCUUUGACACUUGUACUAAUCAUGUACCUGUCAAUCUCCAUUUUAAAAAUACCCAAAGACUUGGCUCCACAGCUAUCUGUGGCAUUGAAUGCCACAGAUUCACCACCCUCUGGUUAACAAAAUUCCUCUUCAUCUCCAUUCUAAAGGUACAUCCUUUUAUUCUGAGGCUGUGCCUUCUGGUUCUAAAUGUUUCCAUUCUUGGGAACAUCCUUUCCACAUCCACUCUGUCGAGGCCUUAUACCAGUUGCUCUGGUUUCUUUAUUGGGAUUGUUCCUUAAAAAAAAAAAUACAUUUCUAAUCUUUUUAUGCAAAAAAGCUAAUAUUUCCUGAUAGUAAGAUGUUUUCAGAAAUUUACACAGAGCAAACAAAAUGGGUAUCAUACAUAUUUAAAUCAUUGUACUGGCACUCUAUACUAUUGGCAUUAUUUCAACUAAAGCUAAUGGAGAUAACAAAGUAUUCUGGUAUUUUUCAUUUGCAAACCAUGGCCUCGCCAUCAGUGGGAAGUCCAGAACCAGGGGCCACAGUUUAAGAAUAAGAGGCAAGCCAUUUAGAAUGGAGAUGAGGAAAAACCUUUUCACCCAGAGAGUAUUUCACCCAUAGCUUAUUUCAUCUGUAUUAAUAAUGCUCUAUAAUGGCAAUACCUCCUCAUAAGAGGGAAAGUACCAGUAAACCUAUGGCUAAAUCAGUGAUAUGGUAUUCAUGCCCUACAUGGAAACGGGCAAGCAUGUAUACAGUAAUAUUUCAAGUUAGUAGGUCAAGUACAUAAUUUUUCAAAUUCAUCAGCACAUUUAAAACCCACUGAUUAUCUGAUUUGUACUAUUUCAAAGGACGUUCCCAAUUCGCGGGACAGUGGGACUGUCAUGUGUUGGUAGAAUGGAGCGGCUGGGCUUGUAUACUUGGAAUUUAGAAGGAUGAGAGGAGAUCUUAUUGAGACAUAUAAUAUUAUUAAGGGAUUGAACACACCAGAGGCAGCAAACAUGUUCCCGAUAUUUGGGGAGUCCAGAACCAGGGGCCACAGUUUAAGAAUAAGGGGUAAGCCAUUUAGAAUGGAGAUGAGGAAAAACCUUUUCACCCAGAGAGUUGUGAGUCUGUGGAAUUCUCUGCCUCAGAAGGCAGUGGAGGCCAAUUCUCAGGGUGCUUUCAAGAGUGAAUUAGAUAGAGCUCUUAAAGAUAGCGGAGUCAAGGGAUAUGGUGAGAAAUCAGGAACGGGGUACUGUUUGAGGAUGAUCUGCCAUGAUCACAUUGAAUGGCUGUGCUGGCUCGAAGGGCGGAAUGACCUACUCCUGUAACUAUUGUCUAUUGUUAAGAUAAACACAGAUUUGUUAUCAAUACAUCUUAAGAGCAAUGAAAAGUUAAACAAUGAAUCUAACAAUGAAUCUUAGAGAAAAGUCGUUUUGGGGAACAUACAAUUUCAUCUGAUCAGUUCACAUUUUUUGCACACUUCACGGGAAGAGUUGUUAGAGAUGGUUUAAUGGUGCUAGUAUCUAAUAGGUUGCAUUUACCUUUAAGUGAGGGGAUUCCUUUUGUUAAAAAUCUAUUUUGUGAAAAAUAUGUGAGAAGUAACAACACAAAAAAAUAUGCAACAAAGGGCUUAGUGCAUAGUACAGUAAUGGAGCCUUGAACGUUUUAAGCUCAGCUUCCCUUCAAAUGAUCAAUGAACAGUUCAAAAAUGCCUUUGAUGUUUGGGUCUUUGGCACCACUGUAAUGGGCAGAACUGGGAACAUUUGAACUUGAACCAUGCCCUGCCAAAGUAGAAAUAAAUACCAUUUAAACAAAACAUGUGUGAAUAUUACUGCCACAUAUUUAUCAAAUAUUCACAGUGGACUUUCCUUCAAUAUUCAAGGACUGGAUGGUUCGAUUUACAAAUGAGCACCCGCCAUUCCUGCCCAUAAGACCCAGGGGGGUUGUUUAAAUAUUUAUAGGGUUCCAAUCACCAUUUUCAUAGGUUAAUGGACAUUGAAUGCAACAUGCAUGUUAGCCCCUAUUUCAUUAAUAUUGAAUGGAACAAUGUUUAAAGCAACUCCUGAAGGCCAUUCCAAAACUUAAUGAGAGAUAUUUAAGGCUCAAAGAUGUUAACGUACAUCAUUAAACAUCCAAAAAAAUUACAACAGUCUAAUCUGCCACACUAAUAUACAGGGGAUGAUGGAUUUCAUCCUAAUUAAACCAGCAAGCUGCCGAUUCAAUUUACCUCCCAUUGGUCACAGUUACAUUUAAAGGAUAUAGCUGAAAAUUGCUUGUUCUACCUAAUAGUGGAUUUGGACAGAUGUCAUGGACUCCUUAUCACCUCCACGCUGAUUUGGGGUUAAAAACAAAGGCUGAACCCAAUCACCUAAAUCCAAAAUCAAGGGAGGAUGUUCAUAUCCCUGCAGGUCUCAUUGUGAGACGUAGAACAGCACAAACAGAUGAUUUAAAUAUGUGAUAAUUGAGAAUAUCUUUUAAUCAGUUUCCGACUCCGUUUCUCCACUCCCACCACUGCCAAGACAAAGUUGUAAUGAAGUCAGUCACCUCAUCUUACUGGUGGGUCUUUGAAAUUCAUGAACAGUUACAUUCAUGUGUCAAAUUAUGUGAAGUGCUUGAAUUGUACAGUGUACAUUCCAGUCCUAACUUUGCAAAUGCAGAAAUGGGUUUCUGCAAGAGAUUUUGUGCUUAGAUCCAAAUUUUGAUUGGAUUGGAAUUUCCAUUUAAUGGAAAUAAAUGAAAUGUUCCAUUAAAGUUCAACUUCUGGAACAAAAUUAUGUAUAUAUCAGAAUAUUUGCAUGAUUGGAAUGGUCAUGAUGGGAUUUUGUGCCUGGCUGCAAAACACAUUUAUAUAGAUUCCAUUGCAUUUGCUUGAUAAUGUUAAAUCUUGAUUCCAUGGAAAUAUGCAAUAUAACAAAGUAGACAUUGCUAGUAUAAAGCUAUGAAUUAAAUUGUCUCGCUCCUUGUUCUUCUUACUAACCCUUUCCCUGUUUCAUUCUGUGCUAAAAUCACUCUGACCAUUGAAAUCUUUUUCUUUAUUCAUAUUUCUAUGGGGUUUAACCUAGGUUGGGCAAUCGAGUCAUCAGCCCAAACCAAUCUAGACUGCACUGUCGUUGAGGCAAAUAGUAGAACUUGAGCCUCAGAGUCAUAAAGUUCAAUGUUUCCGUCCAACUGCGGUAACAAAAAUAAAGGAUUAAUACUUUAAUUUAAUACAGAGGGAGAGCCAUCUGUUGGAUGAGAUGUUAAACCGCGAACCAGUCUUGCCUGCCGGGUGGACGUAAUAGGUCCUACAGCACUUAAGUCAAAGAAGAACAAUAGUGCUCCCUCCAACUAUGGUUACAAAGCACUUUAGGAUGUCCUGGGGCCACAAAAACCACCCUAUCAAUGCAAGUCCUUUUUUUGGUCUAGACGCGAUCUGCAGUGAAUAAUUAGCCUUUCAUCCUUCAGGUUAAGGCCUCAUAAUGCAUACUUCAUCUCUUCAGGCUACACAAACUAUUCAUCACUUUUACAACCUAAUGGGAAAUAGUUUACAAAUUACAACCAAAAAAUUACAUUAAAUAUGCAUUUUAUUAUGCUACGCUAAAUUUACUGCCCCUCAAUUCACAUUGAUAAAGCUAUAGGCUGCACUUUGUUGAUUUUCAUUAGCCGACAUAGGAAAAAGUAUUUUCUCUCACAGUUUACUCAAUUGAAUUUCAUGUUUCGGUCGAGGAAGUUUGACCCAGAUAAUUUAUGCCUCUGAAGCUUCCUGACCUGGUGACUCUAUGCUGUUGUAGCAUUGAUAUAUUAGUAUUAAUAUUCAGUGGCAGACUUUGUUUUAGCUUAAAUAAAUCUUUUCCUCAAUUUGUCAGGUAACUAAGGCAAAAUGUCAGUGAUGAUUAAGGUUAAUUCAUGGAGGUUAACUGCUAAUAAUUUGGUUCACCAAGGAAGUACUUAGUCACAAAUGGGCUCAAUUAAAUUUGACACACAGGUCAUUUAAAAGUCUGCUUCAUUUGUACUCCAGGAUGGGUAAUUGCCAGCCAAUACAUUUAUAUAUAAAACCUUUCACACUGCCAGUAUUUCCCCAUUUACAGAGCCUACUACAUUUUCUAAUCCAGGUUACUUCAACACCAGCAACAAAUCAUUAAAUUUAAAAACAAACGCAUUCUGCUUCAAAUGCUUUGCUGCUUGCUUCAAAACAACAAUGUUUGCAAAAGUAAAACUUCUGGCCUCUUAAACUUCUUACAUAAUGUCGGAAAUAUCUACAAACAUGCACACGCACGCUCUCUCUUUCUAAAUGAUGUUUGCACUGCGACAGACCUUGGACUGUUCAAAAGUAGAAAACAUUGUGCUAUUACGUGACACCAUUAGCAGAGCACAGUACUGUAGAUUAAGGGGUCACUGCUCUCCUAUACAUGACCGUAUUUUAUGCUACACUGAAAUGUUUAAGUUGGGUGGUGGGGUGGGUAGGUGGGGACGGAUUACAAACUUCACUUUUUUGUGAAGUUACUCAAGCACACAACCUUUAUAGUGUAAACAGUGAUCUGGAUUGAGCCAUGUCUGUGGUUCAUUUUAACACUCUCCAUACUCUGUGUUGUCUGCCCAUGCACUUCUUCUCUCUCUUUCUCAUGACUGCCAAACCUUUCAACCUUUUGCCUAUUUAUAGCUGUAAAUAUGUAGAUUUGUAAUCUAUCAAGUGUUCCAUCCAAUCUGCCAUUACCCAAUUUGUUUACCUUUUCUGAAUGGCAAACUCUUAUAUUCACUCAGUAAAGGCUAUUGGGAAAAUCUUUGUAACCCGUGCUUCCUUCCUACCUCUGUCAUUUAUCUAUAUGAAAUACUCAUACUCUAUUUAAUGUAUAAUUUAAGUUGAGCACCGCUUUGCUUUUCCUGUUAGCUGUGUGUGCUGAAAAAUAAAGGAAGAUUUUACUUUCCAAUGCGCCAAUAGCUCAAAAUGAGAAGUAUAAUUGUGUACACAGUUUUCUCUUGAUAGUGUAUAUUGUUUCAAGUGAUUGUAACCUGUAGUCAUACUUAUGAAAGUUUACUUGACUCUUUCAGUGUUUAAAAGAGAGAAAUAUAUUUAAGAAGCUACUUACUUAUAUAAAUCUCUUGCAGUUUGGGGUCAGUUGCAUAAAUCAGUCAUUAACAAAAGCUGCAAAUCACAUCUCAGAAUGAUAUUGAGUUUUGUUUAUGGUUUUUUUGUGGUUGUACAUUUAAUAAAAUAAUGUUUAUGCUCUUGAAAGUACUUAUCAAAGGGAAAAUGUUGCAAAACAGAAUGUUUCAUUAAAUGAAUGAUUUCUGCAGGUCAACCAUUGCUUUAACAAAAACUGUCAUUGUAAUUCACCACUGGUAAUAAAUAUUCCCUCCACCUGUCCCUCUCAGAUUAGGUUGCUGAAACAAAUUUCAAGAUAAAUCUUAAUCAAAUCAACAACUAGUAAGCAGUUUGCCCUGUAAUUUAAACAUGUCCUAAUUGUGAAACAAAUUCCCACUUCUUUAAUGGAAAAUAAAAAUGCCUUUUAUAGACUCUGAAUCGUCCAUGUCAAAAGAAUAACUUGAUGUAAUUAGAUCAGUGUGUGAAAUGAUUGAUGCAAAAUAUGCAUGAGUUUUCAUUGAGGCCAGAGGUUAGAAAAAAAUCCACUUAAACUCUUUUCAACAAUUCAAAAUGAUACCAGUGGAAUCCAGACUGUCUGGCCAAAUUUCAGCAGAAAGUUUGGAAAUGUGUGCAUUUUCCAUUUUUUGCUUACCACUUAACACUAUUAUUUCACCAUAAGUGAGAUCCAGCCAGGUAAAUACCCUCCCAUUCCACAGACUGUCAGAGUUUACAAUGAGGAAAUAUGGUGAGUGUAUGAAAAAUGCCAACAUUAAAAUGCUCCUUAAAUUUCUGACCUAAGUUAUAAAAUGGGUGGCUGAGUCCAUGUGACCACUCCACAAACCGUUCCAGAUAGAGCUUACUAACCUUGAUUGGAAGAGGCAAAUUCAUGUUCCCUCCUUCUCCACACCACUGCCACUGUAGACGUCUUAUAGAAAUUCCUCUUGUUACUAUUGCAAGAACUGAAUGGAGUAGAAUUUCAGAAGUGGGGGGGAAAGCCAAUACUGCUCCAUUAUAGCAUAUUUAACAAUACCAAAUGGAAUGAAUUUCUAAUCAAACGCCUAUCAAGGUUUGCUUGAGCUUAUUGUGAAGGGAAAUUUCAGUUACGGAACGUAUAACAUGUUUGCUUAUUAUAAAAUGUGACACAGAAGUCUCAUUAUUCUACAGAAGGCGGGAAGUAAAACAAUAAAACAAGCCUCAAGAAGGGUCCUGACCAGAAGUGUCAUUUUUCUUCAUGGAUGAUACCUGACCCUCUGAAUUACUCCGGCACUUUGUGUCUAUCUUUGGUAUAAGCCAGUAUCUACAGUUCAUUGUUUCUACUCAUUAAAUGUUAUCUUGCUGGUGGACAUGGGUAACAUGAUGGAUGAAAAUAUUAUCCCUUCCCGCUCUUGCCGAGCCAGGAAAUAUCACCACCUAUUGGUGGGUGUGAGAAAUGUUCAGGCUGCUUUAACCCAAUUCUAAUGGCCGCCAAUCAACAACCAUAGACAGAUGUUCAUGGAUAACAUUGCAACAUUACAUUUUAUUCACUUAUUGCCUGAAAUAGGGUGCAGAAAUAUUAUUUCCAUUACUGCAGAUUGGUUCAUAGGAUAUUUAUUUGUUCUUAAUGACUAUGAAACCAAUAUUUUCACUUCAAAUUAAUAAUUGGCUUUAAUUAAUGCAAAAAAUUGACCAAAGCAAUACUUUCCCUUUAAUGUAUUUUUCCACACUACAAUAGCUACUUGAAGAUGCCAAUAUGGUUCAGGUUCCCAUGGCUGAGUGUAUGCAACAGGCCUCAUAUUCACUACCAUUGGUGCUGAGGGAAUGGUAUAACAGUAAGCAGAUUUGUAGUAGAACUGCAUGUUAGCACAUUUUUCAUCACAUCAGAAAAAAACUGCUGUAUAUUUUAUUCAUUUACAAACUGAAACCCAGCAAAGCUUUAAAAUGGAACCUGUAGAUUCCAGAGUAUGUUUAUUUUAGAAUCAGUCAGAAAUGUGAAUUAAAAAAUUAAUUAACCUG